UAAUCGUUUUGAUAUCAAAUGAAUUAUAUAAAUAUCUCAUAUAUAUACCAUAACUGGAAAUUCCUAACUUCAACACUAAACACGAAGGCAUAUACGAUAUGUUAAAUAUAAUGAAAGGUUAUUAACCUUCGAAGAGCAAGUUUGACAUUACAGUGUUGACGUUAAUGUUCAGUUUAAUGUGUGACAUCAUAAUCGUAUGACUAAGUGAGAUAUAUAUUCUUUUACAUUUUCUUAUACGCACAAGUGAAGUAUUGGGUGAACGAUAUUCCGAAAAUUUACUCUAAUUUGUUGCGUAAGUGUGUUUUAUGUUCAAUUGAGCGUAAAUUUUACUCCAAAUGUUCACACAACGCCUCUUCCUCUUCGUCAUAUACAGUCAGCUGUUACGUUGUUACUAACGAGAGUAAAAUCGAUUUAAGAUGAUCGCAUCAGAAGUUGGCUCGACAAACACAGAACCUGUUCAUAUCAGGAUUACGAGUGAAAAAGCUCCUUUGAUCAAUGGCAGAAAUAUGCUUCAACGGCUAAGCAAUAUUUUUAAGAUCGGAAGGACGUCACAUUCCGAUGGAGAUGGCUAUGUCGAGUUUGGUACUCUUGGUAUGGACAAUACUCGUACAUUGGGAACUUUUGCUGGUGUAUUCAGCCCAGUUACACUGUCUAUGUUCAGUGCCUUAGUUUUCAUACGAAUGGGAUAUAUUGUGGGUAAUGCAGGUUUAUUUGUAACAUUAAUUCAGUUCAUCAUAGCAUAUGGUAUUUUAUUAUUCACAGUCGCAUCUGUCUGUGCUAUAUCGACCAAUGGCGCUGUAGAAGGUGGUGGCGCUUACUUCAUGAUUAGUCGUACAUUAGGACCUGAAUUUGGUGGCUCUAUUGGCACUCUCUUUUUCUUGGCCAAUAUAGUAUCCAGUGCGCUUUGCAUUUCUGGAUGUGCUGAGGGUUUGGUUGAAAACUUUGGUCCAUCUGGUUAUUUGAGCGGCAAAACUGGACUCAUCCCAGAUGGUCGAUGGUGGCGAUUUUUAUAUUGUUCUAUACUAAAUACUGCCAAUCUUGUAGUUUGUCUUAUUGGAGCUGCAAUGUUUGCAAAAACUAGUGUUGCAAUUUUGGCAGUUGUUUGUAUCUGUCUGGCUAGUGUUUUUAUUAGUUUUUUAACUCAGGGUGCAAUAGAGAUACCAAUACCAGAUGCAAAUACAUUGGUACAAAAUGUAACAGAGCAUGUAAAUGGAAGUUACACGGGUCUUUUGUCUUCUACACUUUCAAACAAUCUCUAUUCGAAUUAUAGUGCUGAUUACUCGAGCGGAGGAACAAUGACGGAUUUUGCAAGUGUUUUUGGUGUAUUGUUUAGUGGUGUAACUGGGAUAAUGGCUGGAGCAAAUAUGAGCGGAGAGCUGAAAAAUCCCGGUCGGAACAUUCCACGUGGGACAUUAUCUGCAGUAUUAUUUACGUUUAUAUGUUAUAUUUUACUAUCUGUACUGACGGCUGCUACUACUAGCCGUUUUUUACUGCAAAACAACUUUAUGUACAUGAUGCCAAUCAAUAUGUGGCCACCAUUUGUCGCCGUUGGCAUUCUGACUGCAACAUUUAGCGCUGGUUUAAGCAAUUUGAUAGGUUCUAGCAGAGUAUUGGAAGCAUUAGCCAAAGAUAAUGUAUUCGGUUCGGGAUUAAAUUUUGUGAUACAAGGUACAUGGCGCGGCAAUCCAAUAACAGCGGUAUUAACUUCAUGGAUUUUGGUUCAAACAAUCUUGCUUAUUGGCUCGUUGAAUACUAUUGCUCAAAUUAACUCGGUACUAUUUCUGUUAAGUUAUCUGGCUACCAAUCUUGCGUGUCUUGGAUUGGAACUUGCUAGUGCACCAAACUUCAGGCCAACAUUUAAUUACUUUACAUGGCACACAGCAACUAUAGGUCUUCUUGGAACACUGAUAAUGAUGUUCAUAAUUAAUAGUAUUUAUGCUUCCAGUAGUAUAAUUUUAUGCUUAAUAUUGAUCAUUGUGCUACAUUUAUUUUCACCGAGUAAAAACGCACCAUGGGGUAGUAUAUCUCAAGCAUUAAUAUUCCAUCAAGUUAGAAAAUACUUGUUAAUGUUGGAUUCGCGUAAAGAUCAUGUUAAAUUUUGGCGUCCGCAAAUGUUAUUGAUGGUUGCGUGUCCACGUUCCGCUUGUCCUCUCAUCGAUUUUGUGAAUGAUUUAAAAAAAGGAGGACUUUAUGUUAUUGGACACAUAAAAGUUGGUAAAUUUAAUGGUCAAAAUAACGAUCCUACAAUCGAGGAAUAUCCGCACUGGUUGAGUUUAGUUGAUCAUAUGAGAGUUAAAGCUUUCAUUGAAUUGACUGUGACAAAAACAGUGCGCGAAGGCAUGCAACAUUUAAUAAGAUUGUCUGGUAUGGGUGCAAUGAAACCAAAUACGAUCGUUCUCGGAUUUUAUGAUGAAGAAACGCCGAAGAAUUUCUUCUUAGAUUCUCAGUACGCGACAACAAUGUUUGAAAACAGUACAACGCUUCCGAAUAACACUGUGUUUCCUCUGAGACAAGCAACAGGUGAAAAGAAUCUAGAUCCGGUUCAAUAUGUUGGUAUGUGCUCGGAUGUUUUAAGAAUGAAGAAGAAUUUAUGCCUAUGUAGAAACUUUCAUCUGUUAAAUAAAGCACAGUUGACAAAAAACUCAAAUUUGAAAUAUAUUGACGUAUGGCCGGUCAACUUUUUCCAACCGACCGAUCAAGAUCCAUUCGAUACAACGUCAUUAUUCAUGCUUCAACUCGCAUGUAUCAUCAAUAUGGUACCCAGUUGGAAAAACUUACAUCUCAGAGUGUUCCAUUGCGAAACUGGGGGUGGCAAUGAAAGCCUAAGUAUCUCAGAUUCUCCUAAUUCAAUGAACGAAUAUCCGAGAAUCUCGAAUGAGCACAGAAUUCGAAAGUCAUUGAAUUUGCUGAGAAUUUCUGCAUCGAUUAAAAAAAUUCCGGAAUGGGGAGAGCAAAUCCGAGGUUUAAAGGGUAGACCUCUGCUUGAGCCAAAAAGUCAAUACGAAUCAAGUACAGAGUCUAAUAAUGCUUUGAGUAACGUGUCCCGAGCUUAUAUACUGGGAGUUAAUCAACUGAUACGGCAAUAUUCUUCUCAAACUGCAACAACAUUCAUUUAUUUGCCUGGUCCGCCAGCUUCAAAUACUUGGGAUGAGGAUGACAUGUAUCGACAGUAUCUACAAUCAUUGACAGAAUUAACUGUUGACUUACCACCGACAGUUUUAAUACACGGUGUUAGUGCUGUUACGUCAACUACCUUAUAACAAAAUGUAUGAAAAGAUGAGGA